UGCACCUCUUGGCUUUGUUAUGGGAACUUUGUAAGAUCUUAAUGGGCCACGUCGGACUAGACACCAUGUAAAGCGGUGUUCCGCCUGCACAAUCUCAGUAAGACGAAAACUCCGGAGCUAACAAGAACCCUGUGUAAGAUGCAAGAACUUUGUAAGCCAACGCAUCGAUUCAAUUAGCAUGGAUGAGAAUUUACAAGGCCAAGCCGGCAUAUUUAAAUGCAAUGAACCCCGUACCAAUUACCGCACCAAGAGUUCGUUCACUCUUCAUAUUGAGGCUUCGUGGUAUAUCGCUUCAAGAGAUAACCCGUCACAAUCACAGCAACUAUGCGGGGCUCAAUCGCGUCUUCAAUUCUCUACAUUGCUUUAGCUGUAGGCCAGAGCCUACCCUCACGUAUCGUCUACCAAUUCCCAGAACAGCCCAACUGGAUCGAGAACAUCGCCGUCCGCAAAAAUGGCAACCUCCUCCUACCUCUUCUUACCUCUCCCGAGCUUUACCAAGUUGCCAAACCGUGGGAGAAGGCGCCGUCAACAGAACUCGUCCACCGGUUCUCAGACAUAAAUGGCCUUCUCGGCAUCACCGAAACUUGCACCGACUCGUUCGUAGUGGUAGGCGGCAACUUCUCAGGCAUCGGUGUCAGCGUUCCCGGUACCUUUUCAGCGUGGGAGGUCAGCAUCGCAGACAAGAAGACGACGGCGAGCAAGAUCGUCAACGUCCCAGAGGCGGCCUUCUUGAAUGGCGUAGUCUCUCUGCCGUGGGACAGCAACAUUGUUCUCAUUGCCGAGUCUGCGCUUGGAAAAGUGUACAGACUCGAUGUCAAAGCCAAGAAAUAUGAGACCAUCCUGGGCGGUCAAGAUCUCGAGCCUGCAGCCGGAGCGGUGCCGGCCAUCGGAGUCAAUGGUAUGCGAAUUCGCGGAGACUAUUUGUACUGGAGUCACAGCUCCUUUAGAAAGGUCUUCCGGGUCAAGCUUGAUCGCUCGGGUAGAGUUGCGGCAAAGGCAACCAUUGACCUGAUUGCCGAUGUGAGCACCAUCGCUGCGUUUCUCGACGACUUUGCUUUUGACAAGAAGGGCGGUAUCUGGGCUGUGACCAACAUUGAUGAUAAACUUGUUUACAUCACCCCCGAGAGCAAGGGCACCGUCGUAGCCGGCUCAGAGACGGAGCUGACUGUCGCUGGAGGGACUGCCACUGCUUUCGGACGAAACGUCAAGGACAAGGGGACCUUAUAUGUUGUUACUGGAGGGUCUCUCGCAGCGCCGAUCAAUGGGACGAUCACGGAGCCCGGAAAGGUUGUAGCUUUCGACACGCAUAGCUAUGGUCUUUAGAGGCCAAUUUGACAUGCCUUGAGUCUGUCUGAGUUGGUCUGGGUCAAGGUAGAUGUAGGCAAGCGAUUCAAGGAUGGAUAAAAUUGUUAGAAGUAUUCUAUGCACGAAUUCAACGGAGUCAUACG